GGGCGCAGGCGGCGGAGCGGGUCGCUGCGGGCACCAGCGCGGGCACCGGGGGCACCGGGGGGCAGCGGCCAUGGGCCCUCCGCCCACCCGCCGGGCCGCGCUCCGGCUGCUGCCGCUGUUGCUGCUGUUGCCGCUGGCCGCACCGGGACCCGCUACCGCCAUCGCCCCCGUCAUCGGCACCGGCACCCGCACCCGACCGUCCAGCACGCUACCGGCGCCACUCCAGCUCCGCGGCGGCACCGGGGACAGCGGCGGCGCGUGGCCCCCGCCGAGCACCGGGGACAGCGGCGACAGCUCUGGGCCCGCACCGGCCGCGGGCGGCAUCGAUGGGACUGCACCAGGCACCGACUACAGCGGCGGUGCGUGGCCACCGCCGAGCACCGGGGACAGCGGUGAUAGCGCUGGGCCCGCACCGGCCGCGGGCGGCAGCGAUGGGACAGCGCCAGGCACCGGCUCUUCCAGUGGGGACAGCGGCAGUGGCAUUAGGGGGUCCCCAGGUAUCAGCGGCUCCAGGGUUACCGGGGACACUGGAGGCACCGUGAAUGCUGGAGACACCUGGAAGCCUGGAGGCACUGGGGGCGUUGGAAGCACCAGGGACGCUGGAGGCACCCGGGAUAGUGGAGGCACCGGGGUUACUGGAGGAACUGGAGACACUGGAAGCACCCAUGUCCUCAGGGGUACCAGGAGUGCCGGGAAUACUGGACACACUGGGGAUACCAACAUCCCCACGGAGGACACUGGUAGCACUGGGAACAGGCUGACCCCUGGGGGUGUUUGGGGCACUGGGAGCACGCCAGUCCCCAGAGGCAUCAGGAAUUCUGUACUUACUGGAGAGACUGGGAGAGUCUCCAGAAUUGCUGGCAGCACUAGGAAAGUCCUCAGGGAUGCUGGGAUCACCAGAGAUACUGAACAUAAUGGGCAGACUGGGAAAGACCUCAGCAACACCAGGAAUACUACGGACACUGGACGUGCUGGGAACACCAGUAUCCCCAGGAAGACCAGUGGCACUGGGGAUUCGAUAGACACUGGGGAUGUUGUGGAGUUCCAGACCACCGCAGUCCCCAGGCCCCCCAUACCUCACCACCGUCCCUGCCGCAGCCCCAACACAGCACCGCAGUUCCAGCCCUCCAGCUACCAGGCCACAGUGGAGGAGAACCGGCCAGCAGGCACUCCAGUGACACAGGUGACAGCACAGGACCCUGAUGAGGGGGAGGCAGGCCGGCUGCACUACUCUAUGGCUGCGCUCUUCGACAGCCGCUCCGAUGACCUCUUCACCAUGGACUCUGUCACUGGUGCCAUCAGCACCGCUGCACUGCUGGACCGCGAGAGCAAGAGCACGCACGUGUUCCGCGUGACAGCAGUGGACCACGGGACACCCCGGCGCAGUGCCAUGGCCACACUGACAGUGACAGUGAGCGACACCAACGACCACGACCCAGCCUUUGAGCAACCAGAAUACCGGGAGAGUGUGCGAGAGAAUCUGGAGGUGGGCUAUGAGGUACUGACAGUGCGGGCCACCGAUGGCGAUGCUGGUCCCAAUGCCAACAUCCUCUACCGCCUCCUCAAUGCCGGUGACGCCAGCGAGGUCUUUGAGAUCGAUUCCCGCUCAGGCGUCAUCCGCACCCGUGGCCCUGUGGACCGGGAAGUAGUGGAUGCCUUUGAGCUGUUGGUGGAGGCCACAGACCAGGGCCAGGAUCCAGGUCCCCGGAGUGCCACAGCCACUGUCCGCAUCGCUGUGGAGGACGACAAUGACAAUGCGCCGCAGUUCAGUGAGCGACGUUACGUGGCACAGGUCCCUGAGGACGUGGUGCCCAAUGUGGCGAUUCUGCAGGUGAUGGCCACUGACCGUGACAAAGGCAGCAAUGCGCUGGUGCACUACAGCAUUGUCAGCGGCAACACCCGUGGGCACUUCUACAUUGAUGCACAGACAGGCACGCUAGAUGUUGUUACCCCUCUGGACUACGAGGUCACCAAGGAGUUCACCCUGCGGAUCCGUGCGCAGGACGGUGGCCGCCCACCUCUCUCCAACAUCAGCGGUUUGGUUACCAUCCAGGUGUUGGAUGUCAAUGACAAUGCGCCCAUCUUUGUCAGCACGCCUUUCCAGGCCACUGUACUGGAGAAUGUCCCCGUGGGCUACUCCGUCAUCCAUAUACAAGCCAUUGAUGCCGAUUCAGGUGACAACAGCCGGUUAGUUUACACCCUGCUGGAGACUGGCACUGGCUUUCCCUUCACCAUCAACAACAGCACUGGGUGGAUUGUGGUGGCCUCUGAGCUGGACCGGGAGGUGGUUGACUUCUACAGUUUCGGGGUGGAGGCACAGGACCAUGGCACCCCCCCAAUGGCCUCCAUGGCCAGCGUCAGUGUCAUCAUCCUGGAUGUCAAUGACAACAGCCCUGAGUUCACCCAGCGGGAGUAUGGCGCCCGCCUGAACGAGGACGCGGCAGUGGGCACCAGUGUCCUGACUGUGUCUGCCAUCGACCGUGAUGCUUACAGUGUCAUCACCUACCAGAUCUCCAGUGGCAACACCCGCAACCGGUUCUCCAUCACCAGCCAGAGCGGUGGUGGGCUCAUCUCCCUUGCCCUGCCCCUGGACUACAAGCUGGAGCGGCAGUACCUGCUCACCAUUGCUGCCUCUGAUGGCACCCGCCAGGACACUGCCCAGGUGGUUGUCAAUGUCACUGAUGCCAACACCCACCGCCCCGUCUUCCAGAGCUCCCAUUACACCAUCAACAUCAAUGAGGAUCGGCCAGUGGGCACAACAGUGGUGGUCAUCAGUGCCACAGAUGAGGACACGGGGGAGAACGCCCGCAUCACCUACCUGAUGGAGGACAGCAUACCCCAGUUCAGCAUUGCUGCUGAUACUGGUGCUGUCACCACUCAGAUGGAGCUGGACUAUGAGGACCAGGUGUCCUACACCUUGGCCAUCACGGCGCGGGACAAUGGUAUUCCGCAGAAAUCUGACACAACUUACCUGGAGAUCCUAGUGAGUGAUGUCAAUGACAACGCACCCCAGUUCCUCCGUCAUUCCUACCAGGGAUCCAUCUACGAGGAUGUCCCCACCUUCACCAGUGUCCUCCAGGUCUCCGCAACUGAUCGUGACUCUGGGCUCAAUGGCAGGGUCUUCUACACCUUCCAAGGGGGUGAUGAUGGUGAUGGCGACUUCAUCAUUGAGUCCACCUCAGGCAUUGUCCGCACCUUGCGCCGUCUGGACCGGGAGAAUGUGCCGCUGUAUUCUCUGCGGGCAUUCGCCGUGGAUAAGGGGGUUCCAGCCCGGCGGACACCAGUGGAGAUCCAGGUGACAGUGUUGGAUGUCAAUGACAACCCGCCUGUGUUUGAGCGGGACGAGUUUGACAUCUUUGUGGAGGAGAACAGCCCCAUUGGGCUGGUGGUGGCCCGGAUCACCGCCACCGACCCUGAUGAGGGCACCAAUGCCCAGAUCAUGUACCAGAUUGUGGAGGGCAACAUCCCCGAGGUCUUCCAGCUCGAUAUCUUCUCUGGAGAGCUCACCGCCCUGGCUGACCUGGACUAUGAAACCAAGGCUGAAUACAUCAUGGUGGUCCAGGCAACCUCGGCACCGCUGGUGAGUCGGGCCACCAUCCAUGUGCGCCUGCGUGACACCAACGACAACAGCCCCCAGCUCAAGAACUUCGAGAUCCUCUUCAACAACUACAUCACCAACCGUUCCGGCAGCUUCCCUGGGGGCGUCAUUGGCCGCAUCCCUGCCCAUGACCCCGAUGUCUCUGACCACCUCACUUACGCUUUUGAGCAGGGCAAUGAGCUCAACCUUGUGCUGCUGGACCCACACACUGGGGACCUGCGCCUCAGCCCAGCCCUGGACAACAACCGCCCGCUUGAGGCCGUCAUGAGGGUGUCUGUGUCUGAUGGCGUUUACAGUGCAACAGCGCAGUGCACGCUGCGGGUGACGGUGAUCACAGAUGAGAUGCUCAGCAACAGCAUCACCCUGCGUUUGGCUGACAUGUCCCAGGAACGCUUCUUGUCCCCCCUACUCAGCCGCUUCCUGGAGGGGGUGGCCGCUGUCCUGGCCACCCCCCGCCACUGCGUCGUCCUCUUCAACAUCCAGACGGACACAGACGUGGGGCCGGCGCGGAUCCUCAAUGUCAGCCUCUCGGCGCUGCUGCCGGCGGCGGUGCCGGGCGCAUCGCGGUUCUUCUCGUCGGAGGAGCUGCAGGAGCGGCUGUACCUUAACCGAUCGCUCCUGGCAGCUACCACGGCCCAGCGAGUCCUGCCCUUUGAUGACAACGUGUGUCUGCGUGAGCCCUGCGAGAACUACAUGCGCUGCGUCUCUGUCCUGCAGUUCGACAGCUCUGCGCCCUUCCUUGCCUCCGACACCAUCCUUUUUCGCCCCAUCCACCCCGUCACGGGUCUGCGCUGCCGCUGCCCGCCUGGCUUCACCGGCGACUACUGCGAGACCGAGAUCGACCUCUGCUACUCCAGCCCCUGCGGCAACAACGGGCGGUGCCGGAGCCGUGAGGGUGGAUACACCUGCGAGUGCCAUGAAGACUUCACUGGUUAGAG